AUGGGACACAAAAACCUUUAUUUCACUGUGUCGCAAAGCUCAUCUCCGUGUACAUCAGGAGAUAAAAGCGAAUGUGAUGGUAAAGACGGGGGUCAAAGUUCAUCUAAAAGAAGACGCACGCGGACAAAUUUUAGUGGUUGGCAGCUGGACGAAUUGGAACAAGCAUUUAAAGAUAGUCAUUACCCUGAUGUUUUUAUGAGAGAAGCCCUUGCGCUGAAGUUGGAUUUAGUGGAAUCCAGAGUCCAAGUUUGGUUUCAAAAUAGACGAGCAAAGUGGAGGAAAAAAGAGAACACUAAAAAAGGCCCAGGUCGCCCAGCACAUAAUGCGCAACCGCAGACGUGUAGUGGAGAGCCUAUGGAUCCAGAAGAAAUUAAGAGGCGCGAAAUGGAUCGCGUUGAGAAGAAACGCAGAAAACAAGAAGAACAUCCGUAUAUAUCCAUAUCAAAAUAUAAUUACAUAAAGUCUUCUAUUAAUUGUAUUACAAAGGGCGGCGAUGGCAGUAAUAUUUUAUAUACGAUACAUAUUGGCAAUAUACAUUGCUUCAAAGUUUGGAAAAAUGCUAGCAGUUUUAAGACGAGUGGGUUUCUAUGUUAUCUUAUGCUUUUGAUACUUUCCCCCCCCAACUCAAGCAAAUCUCUGUUACCAAAAUUACGUGCUCAAAAAUGUCAUUGGUUCUUCCACCAGAGGUUUGGGUUGCUGAGUGGUCGAUUUUACUGA